AGAAGAUUGCAAGCUAUUAUUCAAAAAGCUUUUUAUCAUUUGUAUAUUCGACUCAAACAUGAGGACUACUAUUUUAAUCGGAUUCGUCGUUUGCCUCUUUAUUGCAGUGGGUGCAGAGUUCGAAAAAUGUCAGAGCAAUGACGACUGCGAAGAGGGCGAAUGCUGCGUCUCAAUUAUCGAAUUCCUUCCAUCUAGAUGCAGGAAACUAAGGCAAAAAGGUGAUUUUUGCCUGAAAGACUUCGACGGACACUUUGAGGAUGACAAGUAUAAUUUGUUCUGCCCCUGCGCAGAAGGACUUCACUGUGAAGGAAAAGGGACGGUUGACGAUGAAGGUGUUCCUGACUUAGAAGAUGUGUGCCAAGAAGUUUGAAAUUUCCUGAUACUUUGCUGUUAAGUUUUAUUUUCGUGAUUUUUUGUGUUGUCCGAUUUUGAGUUUUCCUUUUUAAAACUCAAUAAACCUGUGCUGUGUCUUAAUUUGUGAAAUAAUUUCAACACAAAAUAAAG